AUGUUGGAGAUGCGCUUUGCCAAGAUGCCAGAUAAGCCAGAGGAGCCUGUGGUGGCCGUGUCCUCCCCGGCGGUGCCACCCCCCACCAAAGUGGUGGCCCCACCCUCGUCCAGCGACAGCAGCAGUGAUAGCUCCUCAGAUAGUGACAGCUCCACUGAUGACUCUGAAGAGGAGCGAGCCCAGUGGCUGGCAGAGCUCCAGGAGCAGCUCAAAGCCGUGCACGAGCAGCUUGCAGCCCUCUCCCAGCCCCAGCAGAACAGUGGUGUCUGA